AUGACGAAGUUGCUGAGUUUCGAGAAACAGGGCGGCUGUGAUAGGCGCACCCUCCGCACCUCCGCAACUUCACUAUGGCGCCGGUAUGUUGGACGUUGGACGACUUUGACUUGGUUUUGCUUCGAUACUAAUAUUCUACUAGCGAGGAUUGACAAACCCUGCCCCCAAAGUAUCCUUCUACCCACUCACACUACAAACUCAAGCUUACUUCCCCAGACCGAGUCCGCCCGCUCUGCGCUGAGCGCUUUCACCUGCACACUGUGCAACAAGUCUUACUCGCGACACCCAGAAUAUGAAGCUCACAUCGGUUCCUAUGACCAUCAGCAUAGAAAACGUCUUCAAGACCUGAAACAGCUCUCGCGGGACCCAAAUGCGGCAGAGAAAGCACGUCGCGCAGAACGCAAAGCCGACGCGGAGGCCGGGUUGAAGGUGAUUGAGACCCCCGGGGACAAUGGGGCCCCAGCCACCAGCACAGUGAAGAGUGGAGGGUUCAAGAAAGGAGGGUUCAAGAGCUCUUUUGCUGCCGUCAAGGGUUCAGCUACCCCCGCUGCUCCGGUGCGGAAGAACGUUCUUGGUGAUGAUGACGAUGCCCAGCCGAAAGUUGAGUCGCUACCAGUGGCCAAGUCCCAGCAGACUGAGAACUCAGGCGAGAUGGAGAGUGAAGAUGAAGGCUAUGGUCAGGGCCAGGCGGCUUAUUACGACCCUCGUCGACCAACUGAUUGUUUCGCCGGUUGUACCGCUUCAAACAUCCCAGCAACUGCAUGA